CCGCGUCUCAUGUUUUCCACAGCCCCUCCACGUUUCAACCAUCCUUCUUGCCGGGUUGUUUGCAUUGGUCGAUAAUAAACUUUUGAAGUCAAACUAUUCACUGCUUCUUCUGUUGGAUUUACGCUCGUUGCAAAGCUUUACGGACAUAAUUCAACAAGGACCCGGACGCGGCCAAAAUUUCCCAGCAGACGCCUGGUUACUGCCAUGGCCUCGCAAGCAUCACAUGUCUCCGUAGGAGCUCUCAGUGGGAUUUUUGACGCCACAAAACCUCAGAUCUCUGAACCUAUCGUUCAAUGUGUCCAAGUCAAGCCACUGCCACCCCAAGCAAACAAUCAGGAACGAUACAGGGUUGUUUUCAGCGAUAUAUCAAACUAUGUGCAGACAAUGCUUGCCAUCCAAGCAAAUCAUUUUGUGACGGAUGGUCUCCUACGCAAAGGCUGUUUUGUGAGGCUCAAGCAAUUUCAAGCAAACUCCGUUAAAGGAAAAAAGAUUCUUAUUGUUCUUGACCUCGAGGUUCUCAAGGAACUGGGAGAGGCUGAAAAGCUUGGCGAACCGAAACCCUUGGAGAGCAAAGCAGAGGAGGAAGAGAAGCCACAACCCACGACAAUCUCCAGCAAUGGGUUCUACGGGGCCAAAGCUCAAAAUGCACCCUCGCAAAUCAGCUCCCGGGCUCAGCAUACACGGCCUAUGCAGGGAUCUGCACCUGCCACUAUAUAUCCCAUUGAGGCGAUUUCUCCAUAUGCUCAUAAGUGGACGAUCAAAGCGCGAUGCACGAGCAAGUCUCCCAUAAAAACUUUCCACGGAAGGAGUGGUGACGGCACGCUCUUUAGUGUCAAUCUGCUGGAUGAUAGUGGCGAAAUCCGCGCCACCGGGUUUAAUGAGCAGUGUUCUGCGUUGUACGAUCUCUUUCAAGAGGGUGAGGUCUACUACAUUUCCAGCCCCUGCCGCGUUCAGAUUGCGAAGAAACAAUUUACGAAUCUCAACAAUGAUUAUGAGCUUACAUUUGAAAGAGAUACUUUGGUCGAGAAGGCGGAAGAACAGAAUGACGUCCCACAAGUGCGUUUCAAUUUCACCACUAUUGGAGACUUACAGUCUGUUGAGAAGGAUACGACGAUCGAUGUUAUAGGAGUGUUGAAAGAUGUUGGAGAGACCACGCAGAUCGUGUCAAAAACAACAAAGAAGCCCUAUGACAAGCGCGAACUGACAUUGGUCGACAACACGGGAUUCUCUGUGCGAUUGACGAUCUGGGGCACGACGGCAAUGAAUUUUGCUGCCAGCCCAGAGUCUGUGGUAGCCUUCAAGGGAGUCAAAGUCUCCGACUUUGGCGGAAAGAGCUUGAGUUUACUCAGUUCAGGUUCUGUGACUGUGGACCCCGAUAUUGAAGAAGCACAUAGACUCAAAGGCUGGUACGAUGCGCAAGGUCGGAAUGAGAAUUUUGCUUCUCAUGCUUCAUCAGUCGGAACGAUGUCCGCCACGAAACGAGAUCAAUUGAAAACCAUCGCCCAAGUUCGCGAGGAGCAGCUGGGCAUGUCAGAGGAGCCUUCCUACUUUACACUAAGGGCGACCGUCGUGUACAUAAAACAGGACAACCUGUGUUACCCCGCAUGUCUUUCGGAGGGUUGUAAUAAGAAGGUCACAGAGGUCGACCCCGGUCAGUGGCGUUGCGAGCGUUGCGACAAGACUCACCCACGCGCAGAGUAUCGCUAUAUAAUGCUUGUCAACGUCAGUGAUCACACUGGACAGCUUUAUCUUAACUGUUUCGAUGACGUUGGCCGGUUGUUGUUGGGUAUGAGUGCGAACCAGCUCAUGGAAUUGCCUCAGAACGACGGUAAGGCACUUGGCAACGUUAUUCAGAAUGCCACCUGUCGCACCUGGACUUUCGGAUGCAGAGCAAAGAUAGAUCAUUAUGGGGAUCAGCAACGAAUUCGAUACCAAGUAUCGUAUGCCAAACCCGUCAACUACUCCGAAGAGGCAUCUCGUCUUGCAGAUAUCAUUGACAGUUACAGUAUCUCCUAAUUAUGUUCUGAUCUUGUGGGCGGUUGAUGGCUUUUGCUUUCCUCAAAGCUAUUCUAUAGCAUUUUUGUCGUUGUCGACCCUUUUCCUGCCUUGUUUGUAUCGACUUGAGGUAUAGAAAUUUGGGAACGACUCAGAAUAAUGUGGCGUUACUUGAGUGAAUCUAAUCUCAUGGAAUAA